GGACCGAUUGAUGUCGGGCUGACGUUGCCUCUCGCGAUGCUUUGCGUAGGAGGGGAGUGUCAGAUUCCACGGACAAGAGAGGAUAGAGGGAGAGAGGGGCGCUGAGUUACAUUGCAAGCUCUUCGCAAAAAUGGGGGACGACAGACCUUUUGUGUGCAAUGCUCCUGGCUGCGGGCAGAGAUUCACCAAUGAGGACCACUUGGCUGUGCACAAGCACAAACAUGAGAUGACUCUGAAGUUUGGCCCAGCGAGGACCGACUCUGUCAUCAUAGCAGACCAGACACCGACUCCCACACGCUUCCUGAAGAACUGUGAGGAGGUCGGUCUCUUCAAUGAGCUGGCCAGCUCCUUCGAGCAAGAGUUCCGCAAGGCCCAGGAGGACGACGACAAGCGGGCCAAGAACCCGGCACUCUCCUCUGCCAGCACGGGGGUCCUGGACAUGAGCCUGCAGACGCCCUCCGAAGUGAAGGUGAAGGAGGAGGAGCCUGUGGAGGUGGACUCGUCCCCUCCUGGCAGCCCAGAGUCCAUCUCCAGCAGGUCGGACAGCGAAAAUGAGUACGUGGGGAGACCAAAGGACACUCCCCCCAGACCUCCGGUGAGUGCCGCCCCGACCCCCACCAUCGUGCGGCCGGGCUCGCUGCCCUUGCACCUGGGCUACGACGCGCUGCACCCCACCAUGCCCUCGCCCACCUCCGUCAUCACGCAGGCCCCGCCAUCCAACCGCCAGCUCGGGUCUCCGACUGGUCCAUAUCCGAUGAUGAUGCUUCCCAAUGGCCAGACAGUGCCCGUGUUGCCUGGGCCGAUGCAGAUGCAGAUGCCCUCAGUAAUAUCUCUGGCGAGACCUCUGAUGGUGCCCAACAUUCCUGGCAUCCCUGGACCUCCACUAGGGGGCAGCAGCAGCGGCUCGUCCUCACCGUCAGGCUACAACCCCCAUUCUGAGGCCAAGAUGAGGCUGAAGGCUGCCCUGUCCCAGCAGACAGCCACAGCACAGAGCUGCGGCCGGGUGUCCAGCCCCAUGGUGCCCCAGCGGAUGGAGCAGAGUCAGCUGCUGGUUCAGCAACCAGACGCCCCGUCCCCUGCACAGCCACAGGUAUCUCCCGCUCAACCCACGGGGGGCCGUAGGCGGCGGGCGGCGGACGACGACCCUGACGAGCGGCGGCAGCGCUUCCUGGAGCGGAACCGGGCGGCAGCCUCGCGCUGCAGGCAGAAGCGCAAGGUCUGGGUCAACUCCCUGGAGAAGAAGGCUGAGGAGCUCACCUCUCUCAAUGUGUCUCUGUCGAAUGAGGUGACCCUCUUACGGAACGAAGUGGCCCAUCUGAAGCAGCUGCUGCUGGCCCACAAGGACUGCCCUGUGACCACCCUACAGAAGAAGAACGCCUACCUGGGAGACGAGACCAUGAAAGACGUGUCGGAGCCCGUGGGCUCCCCGGCCGCAGUCAUCCAGCACAGCUCGUUGGCCCCGAGCCCCUCCUCGGCGGGCCCCAACGGGCUGAGCGCACGGGCGGCGGCCGAGGCGGUGGCCAUGUCGGUGCUGGCGGGCAUGGGCGGCCACCGGGGCGAGCAGGGCCACGGUGCCGGCGGGCCCUCUCACGUCAUCAUGGCCACACAGUCCCAGCCCUCCACCAGAUGAUGAGCGCAGCCCAGCGGGUACGGGACUCCAAUCCCCAAGC